AUGGAGGGGCGCACGCGACCGUGCACGAUUUCGCUGGCUACAUCAACGGGGGAUGAAUCGCCGUCAGGAUCCAGUGCUUCCUCCCGCCCUUCAAGCCCGCAGAGCCGUCUGAGCCCGCUGAGCCCUCUGAGCCCUCUAAGCCACAGCCUCUCUUCCGAUGACAUGCUCACGUCCUUGCAGCCCACGCUGAUUCGAGGCGUGGCACUCCACACGUGCUUGAGCGGUCUUGGCCGACACUGGAGGCGUCCCAGCUUCAACGAAUCGCUCCGGAGCGAGUAUGACCUCUCCAGCAGAACCCGGUCCUAUGACUUCUUCUUUAGCCAUGACUGGGAAACGAACGGCUGGCUGAAGUUUGUCUCCCUCUUGGUCCUCUUCAACUCACGCGCAGCCACCUUGGCCACCUUGGCUUACAGCCUCCUGGCCGCCGCCGUCUUUCCACCGGGCACGGGCACGCUGCCGUCCCAUUGGUUGCCAAUCAUUGGAUAUUUGGUAUUCCUGGUGUUUCUGGUCUCCUGGCAGCAUCUUCGGGCGGCCGUCCGGGCAUCGCGCACCGCCUUCCUGGACAAGCUCUGUAUCCCCCAGGGGGACGAGGAGCUCAAGGCAUCGUGUAUCUUCCGUCUCUCCAGCUUCCUGGAUCGAUCCAAGUCUCUGGUGGUUCUUUGGUCCCCGCAGUAUUUCUCGCGGCUGUGGUGCAUGUACGAGGUGGCCACUUUCCUUCGAGAUCGGAGGCAGCAGCGAUCACAGUCGGGGAAGCCCGUUGUGUUUCUUCCCGUUCAGGUCUCCGUUCUGUAUCUGGUUACAUUCAUUGCAAACUCAGUGUUGCACUUCUCCACGCUUUCUGCUGCUGCCAUGUGGCGGUUCCAAGAUCAGAGCUUCGGUGCAAUGGCUUGGUUCAUUCUUUGCAACAGCAGUCUGCCCUGGGUCUUCUUACCAACUUGCUUCCGGCUCUGUACGGACGUGCUUCAGGAUGCUGCGAAGCUUAGGGAUCAGUUCCUCUCAUUCCGGAUACAGGACAGCAUGUGCUUCUGCUGCCAGCAUGGGCACCAGCAUCCAGAGACAGGUGGCGACAUCCCUUGCGAUCGACAGCUCAUCUACGGUGUUCUACAGAAGUGGUUCGGGUCCUCUGCGCAUUCGCAGGAGGAGUGCUUGGACACCUUCAACCGACUGGUACGGACCGAGCUCGCACCCCCUGUGCUGCGCAAAUUGGAGGAUGAAACCCUGAUGGCACAGUACUUGACCACCGCGGGCUUCGCCUCGUUUCUCCCGUGGAUCCCGAUUCUACUGCCCGCCUGGCUGACAGAGCUGCGAAGUGCAUGUGAAGGACAUGCCGGGUAUGGCAAGCUCCUCCGCAGCCGUGGCAUGGACCUGAACAUCGUCUUGGUCUUGCUUUGCUGCGUGCAUUGGCGCGUGAAGGUGAUCGGCCCACUUGGUCUUCGAUUGAGGAGUUCGCUGAGCCCGGCAGUGACGGUGGCCCUGCAAGUGUUGGCAGAGCUUUUUCUGGGUCUGGGAAGCUGGUUGCUAUUUCCGAUGUCUGUGCUCCUGGUACACGAAGACAGCCUCAUUCCGGCCCUGCCGCUCUGUUUGCUGCUUCUGUUAAAUGUCGUCCUUUACAAAAGGGCGGCAGAAGAGAGGGGAAGUGGCUUCCUUGCCGGGAAGCUCUUGCGGAAAAGCCAGUGA